GGCCGGGGUAUAAAACAGCUGAUCACGAGCACCUUCGGCAUCAGUUGCUUAACUCUACUCCUCUGUGACUGUUUGAUACACGUAACUUCAACGCAACAUGAAGGUCGCCGUAGUUUUACUUGGCAUGCUCGUGUGUUACGUAGCUGCGGAUAAAUACACAACGAAAUACGACAACAUCGACUUGGACCAAAUACUGAAGAGUGAUCGUCUGCUCAACAACUACGUAAACUGUCUUUUGGAUGUCGGCAAUUGUACACCCGAUGGAAACGAGCUCAAGAAAUCUUUACCUGAUGCAUUGGAAAACGGUUGCAGCAAAUGCAGCGAAAAACAAAAGGCUGGUAGCGAGAAGGUCAUCCGUUAUCUUAUCAAUCAGCGACCAAAAUUGUGGGAAAAAUUGUCUAAGAAAUACGACCCAACUGGCGAGUUCCAAGCUAAAUUCAAAAACGAGGCGGAAAAGCACGGAAUCAAAUUGUAAAUACGAUCAAAUUUUAUUUACCAAAUAUUAAUUAAAUUUGAUCGUUAAAUCAGAAAAAUUGGAAGUCG